UGUCGUCAUGCUGCUACUGAACAAGAUAGUGGUGGCUGUAGUGGUGUUAUGGGUGGCGGGCUAUGGCGCGGAGGGCACGGAGACCACGGAAGAAGAGGAGGACGGGGACCUGGAGACUUCGGAGACUCAAGAUGGAGAGAGGGAGGCUAGGGAGACAUUAGGCUAUGAUCCCUAUGAGUUUGAGGCUCACGAUAUUCCUCUCUUAAACCAGAAACAUGUGAGUUACGACUUCGCGUACAGUGUCCGUGAUGACGACACUGGCGCCUCCUACAGUCACGCAGAGGAACGAGAAGGCAAAACAACCCGCGGUGAAUAUCGGGUUUCCCUCCCCGAUGGCCGAGUCCAGGUGGUGUCGUAUAUCGCAGAUGAGAACGGAUACCGGGCCAAGGUGUCUUACGAGCCUCUUCACGCCGUCCAUCCACUACACGUACAAGAGGCUCUAAAGUACGCCCCGGAGAUCAACCCCACCACCCCGCGACAUCCCCGGCCUCCUCCUGGCUACAGUGCGCGUCGACCACCAAGGCCACGAGCACGAAGACUGAGACCUCGACCAACCACUCCCUUCCCGUCUACUCUUGGUCACCCUGACGCUCCUCCGCACCACCACUCGAUACCAAAAGACGUUCCUUACCACCCGAUACCAACUCAAGGCUCAGAUCUUCCCAUACCAACACGAGGCUCAUACCUUCCCAUACCAACUCAAGGCUCAUAUCUUCCCAUACCAACAGACGUUCCCCAUCAUCCGAUAUCAACACAAACUUCCUACCUUCCCUUACCUAAGGAAACCCCUCUCCAUCCGGUACCAGUGGGACCUCUCCUUCACACGAUACCAACAGAAUCCUCAUCCUACCUCCCGAAACCAACAGAAUCUUCAUCCUACCUCCCGAUACCAACAGAAUCCCCAUCCUACCUCCCGAAACCAACAGUAUCAUCCUCCUACCUCCCGAUACCAACGAAGGAUCCUUAUCAUCCUCCAAAACCAACAAAAUCUACGUAUUACAGUCCCUUACCACAUAAGACUACCAACUAUCCAACAUCGAAAUCCUACCUGCCCACACCUUUCUCCUCCUCACCCCAACAGGACUCAACACGCAUCACAACGUAUAAGCCUCGUUACCCCACCACCCAAGUGCCUCACGUUACUACAGAACCAUUAUUUUACCCCAGUGAUCCUACCCCAGCAACUCACGGGUCUAAACUAGGGUCAACUUCGCCAAUCACAGCCUCGACCCCUACAGUCACCCCUCUAGCUUAUAAGACACUUAAGACAUUAGCGCCUCUGAAGCUUCCUGAAGUGACGAGUUAUAAGCCCAAGACAACAACUCCUGCAGUCACGACCUACUCACCCAAAACACUCAAAGAUAAAUCCACGUCUUAUAAACCUGCCUCUAUAUUCCCCAGUACCCUCGCCCCUAUCACUCCCUCGCCUCGUAAAUCAACCUCAUAUUCUUCCCCUGGACCUUACUCUCCUACCCCUUAUCCAUCCUCAGGGUCUUAUUCUCCCUCGCCUUAUCCAUCCCCUGUUCCUUACACUCCCUCACCUAACCCAGGCCCUUACUCAACCCCCUCAUCCUACCCAGGCCCUUACUCAACCCCCUCACCCUAUCCAGGCCCUUACUCAACGCCCUCACCCUACCCAGGCCCUUACUCAACCCUCACCUACCAUGUCCUUACUAACCCCUCACCCUAUUCUGCUUCCCACUCACCAGCACCCCCACCAUACUCAGCGCCUUAUGGGCCAUCACCAGGGAGCACCGCCCUUUGGGGGUCCUUCACCCCGAACGUACGAGUCUUACCUGCCCUCCUAUUUUGGCCCCCAGUACGGCCCCCUGCCUUCAGGGCCCCUCAUACCCCCCUAGAGUCAAGGGACUGCCCCUCCACCCCAGAGACUUCUCACCGGCCCUUUUUUUCCCACCACUGCCGAGUCUCCCCUGUAAAGUGA